CGGCUCCCAGCCUGCUUACAACCGCAACAAGACGCCACCUUCCAUUUCCGGUUCCACCUCGCAUCAGCACUUUCGCUCACCACAACGGCGGGAAGUUGUUAUCAUCCAUUUUGUAUCAUUUUGCUUCUGAAACGGACACACUCGAUAACAAUCGGAACGGAAUAUAAACAAACAUAUGGAUUCAUAGGCGGAAGGAGAGCUGCAGUACUCGAGAACAACUCGGCUUCGCGGGAUUUAGCUAGUAUGGCUAACCAGGCCGUUAGCAAGCCUGCGUCGGGAAAACAUGGCAACGUAUUACCCCUGUGGGGCAACGAGAAGACUAUGAACCUCAACCCAAUGAUUCUUACAAAUGUGCUUUCUUCGCCAUAUUUCAAAGUCCAGCUGUAUGAGUUAAAGACAUACCAUGAAGUGGUGGACGAAAUCUAUUUCAAGGUGACUCAUGUUGAGCCAUGGGAGAAAGGAAGUAGAAAGACUGCAGGUCAGACUGGAAUGUGCGGAGGGGUUCGUGGAGUCGGCACGGGAGGCAUUGUGUCAACGGCCUUCUGUCUAUUGUACAAACUGUUUACUCUGAAGUUGACACGCAAACAGCUGAUGGGUCUGAUCACUCACACAGACUCGCCCUACAUCCGAGCACUUGGUUUCAUGUACAUACGAUACACACAGCCCCCAUCAGAUUUAGUAGACUGGUAUGAUGACUUCAUGGAUGAUGAGGAGGAACUUGACGUGAAGGCCGGCGGAGGCUGCGUGAUGACCGUCGGCGAGAUGCUGCGCUCGUUCCUCACCAAACUGGAGUGGUUCUCCACUCUGUUCCCCCGAAUCCCCGUGCCUGUGCAGAAGAACAUCGACCAGCAGAUGAAGGCCAGGCCACGCAAGGUGGUUCAGAAGGAGCCGCUGGAGGAAGAGGAGGACUUCGGGGAGGCGGGGAGGCAAGGCGAGCGCAGACGUUCCAGGACCCCCAGGCGGACCCCGAGCCCAAGGCGCUCUCCGAAACGGUCGAGGAGUCGGAGCCACCAUCGCGAACGAGAGCGCCACGGCCCCAGCUUUGACCGCGAGCUGGAAAGGGAGCGGGAACGCCAGAGGAAGGAGCGUGACGGUCGGGACCGUGACAGGGACAGAGGGGAUCGGGAAAGGAGGCGAUCCCGCAGCGCAGAGAGAAACCACCAAGAACGGCGUGAGCGUCGAAGAAGUUGCAGCAACAGCCGCGACCGAAGGAGCGAGCGGCGAGACAAAGAGCGUGAUGCGGGCGACGACCGCAGCAAGAGAAAGGAACGGGACCACCAUCGAGAUCGGCCCGCUGAGAAAGAGAGGUCCAAAGAACGAAAGAGCAAGGGGGAAAGCGACGACAGGCGCCACAACGAUAGGGAGCGACACCGAGAAGAGCGCAAGACCAAGAAGUCGAGCCGAAGUCGAAGCCGGGAGAAGCGGCACAAAAGCGGAGGCGAGGAGAAGAGCAGGAAACAGGAUGGCAGCCACAGCAGAGAGAAGGAAAGAGACGGCGAGCAGCGCCCUCACAAACGCAGUCACAGCAAAGAGAGGAGCCAUCACCAGCGAGAGUCAAGCAACAACAAACACGCCGAGCGACGGAGAAGUGCGAGCAUCGAAUAACUUUUUUUUUGUCUCACUUUGUGCGAAUGUCAUCAUGUUUGUUUUCUGCCUUUUUCACCUUGUAGCCCAUUUUAGUUUCCACUUGACGUUCACAGUGGGGAGGAACAUUGUCAUUUUGUAUACCGUUCAUUGUUUGGCCCCUGGAAAAUAUAAUUUGAUGUAUAUAUUUUCAGACCGUCGACACAUCAGUGGUGUUCGUUGAACAGGUUGGGCACAAGCUUUGCAAAAAGCCAUCAUGUUUAGCUGACUACUCUGAUUUCCGAAGAUGUCAAUAAUGCAUCCAUGUGAAGUUGUAUUUGUAGAUGUCCUGAGAAUGUUUUAAUCCCUCAAAGGAGUCUGCAAAGGGUUCAAGUAAGCCCACACCGAGACCCCCGCUUGUCACAUGUCUCGAUUGUUGCAUUUUGUUUUCUAAUAAAAACAAUUUU